UUUUUUUUAGUGGUGAAAAGAAAAGAAUUUUUCAAAUUGAAAUUUUGUGAAAACAACUUUUUUUUCAAAAAUAAAUCAAAAACUAUAGUGAAUUAAAAGCAAGUGAAUUAAGUUUAAAAAUGAAAAUUUAUUGAAAACGUUUAAAAGUGCGGGAUAAAUUUGUUGACAUUUUUUUAAAAUCAUUUUUCGCGUUUUGGAAAAUUUUAAGUCUUAAAAAUCUUAAGACUAAUAUUUUCUAAAAUGCAAUUGUAAAUCGAUCUUAUAAUUAAACUAAACAAAAAUAUUCGAAGUGUUUUAAAAAUCCUAUACAAAUAAUAUGAAACUAUUAAACGUUUUCCUUAAGGGAAAAAAUUUAUAAAAAAAAAACAUUGCUUCACAAAAAUGGAUUUAUAAAGCUAACAGAAAAGUUUUCUUUUUCAAAAUAAGAAAAAAAAAGGAAAAAAAUCAAUACCACCUCUUAUUUUUGUGAUUAAAUUUUGGAUAACGAAAAUAUUGAUACAAAAAUUAAGAGUUCACACAAUUUUGGAGGAAAAAAUAAUCAAAAAACACAUUUUUGAUAACCAAGCAAUCCAAAUUUUCUAAUUUCACGUAAUGUUACUGAAUGUGAUGGCAAAAAAUGCAUCGAUGUUAUACAAUAAUAAGAAAAUUUGUCAAAAAUGUUCAAUUUUUCCAACAAUUAUUGAUAAGUCUCUAAUUAAAUUAAAUAUAAAAAUAAAAAAAAGAAUUAAUAUUAAAUGCCAUCGCCCCCAUAUUAUUGGGGGGCCACCUAAAAACUUUAUUACAAACAAAAGAAUUAUGAAAGUUUCAUCGUUACUCUCAAAAAAUUUUUAUGAUAAUAGUUAAAAAAAAAAUCAAAGUUAAAAACUAAAAACUUCUAAAUGUGAAAAAAAUACAAUGAUAUAAAAAAAACUUAAUUGAAAACUUAAGAAAAUUAAACUAUCAACUUUAUUAAAUAAAACUGAAAUAACACAAAAAAAAAGAAAAAAAAAAAACAAAAGUAAAUUCAUCAUAAAUAAAAGAAAAAUUAAUGGUUGUAUGAAUUGUUCUUGGUUUUUUUUUAUUUUUCUUUUAUUUUUUUCAAAUAAUAUUUAGUUUUCUUUUUAAAUUUGAAUAUUAUUAUUAAAUUUUUAAUAUAAUGUAAAAAAAACAAAGAUUAUAUAUAAUUUUCUUCUAUUGAUUUCACUAAAAUAAUAAUACAUACGUACAUAUAUUUAUUUAAAGUGUUAAAAAUUUGAUUAUAAUUUUUUUUUUUUGAAAAUAAAUAUAAAUAUAAACAAAAAUUGUAAAAAUAUUGCAUAGAAAUUGCGUGCGAUGCCAUUGCAAUCUAGUGGUAUCAUUGUUGUUGAUAAAACAUCAGUUAUACCACCUAAUUAUAGCAAUAAUCACCAGCAACAACAGUUUAUUCAGCAACUACCACAGCAACAACAACAACAGUUGCAGCACCAAAAUUUACAAAUAAAUACAAAUUUGAAUAAAACUUCAUCAUCUAUAUUAUCAUCCGGAUCUUCAACUGUGGUACAACGACAACAGUUAACAAAUUCAACUGGAAUUAUUUUACCAAAACAACAUUUAGGUACUAUAACUAAACAAAGUCAAUCACAAAAACUACGAAACUUAAAUAAUAUUGGAGAUGAUAAAAUUAUUAGUAUUCAACAAACAAUAAAUAACACUCCAGUUACAGCAACAACAAUAACAACGACAAAAAAUUUGAUGCGUCGAAAUCAGCGAACUAUAUCGAAUUCUUCGUCAAAUUCUUCGAUUAAUAUUGGUGCAUCACAACAAACAAUUACUUCACUAUCAUCACCUUCUCAUCAACAACAACAACAGUCUUCAACAACGACGAAACAUAUUCAAUUUUCUUCUUUAAAUCAACAGCAAACUUACAAUACUAAUCAAAUGAGUCAACAACAACCUCAACAAACAACAACACAGCAUCAUAUUAUUCAAACUGCUGGUGGUCAUCCUCAGGUGAUAGUCAGCGAAGAAUAUUUAGAACAUGCAACCGCAACCGGUGCUGCACAAAUCGUUAAUAUAUCAGCAAAUGAUUUAUUGAAUUCACAAAUAAUUAAAUUAGUUAGCGCUGAUGGAAAUGGGCAAAAUGUUUUAAUUGAUUCAUUAGGUAAUGUUACCACCACUACCUCAAACAGCGGCAAUGGAAGUGGUGGAGUCACAACUGGGGCCAACGGAAAUUCAAAAUUACUUGUUGGUAAUUUGGUUUUAUCAUCGGCAUCUCCAACAACAAACAUCAAUACUAAUAAGGGACAACAGUUAACGGCUGCUGGUCAGCCGCAACAACAAAUAAAUUUUGUUAGCGCUAAACAAAUACCCUAUUUAACAGCGUCAACAACUGGAAAUGUGACAACAAAAAACCAAACGAUUCAAAAAAUUGUUAACAUACCAUUAAAAGCAAGUAAUAGCGUUAAGGGGGCACAACAUCAGCAACAAACAUUUCAAGUUGGCACAAAUAAUCAAAUUAUUCAUCAAAAUCCAAAUACUGCUGGCGGGACAACGAAUACAACAGGACAAAUAAUUCAAAAAGUAAAUAUGCCAAGAAAUGUACAUGUAGUAGCGCGAGUUCAAACAGUCAGCCAACAGCAACAACAGCAAACACAGCAACAACAACAACAGACACAAAAUCAAUUAAUUAUGCAGCAGAAAUAUGUGCAUGGUGUUGCUGCAGCCCCCAAUAAGGCAAAUAAUGUAAAUAUGAUCAAAAAACAAACAGUUAACCAAAUGAAGGUUCAGCAUCAUAAAAUUUCAAACGUAAAUCUUUCAGGACAACAACAACAAGUAAAAACAUUUAUCCACCAACAACCAGCGCAACAAAAUAAUACCCAAUUUUCAACGGUUAUUAAUCAAAAUAUUCAACCAACUACUUUAACUACAACAACAAAACAAUUGAAAACACAACAGAAGGUAAUUAAGCAAUUUAACAAUAAUUUAGGUAAUUCUACUACGGUUACUUUAAUGCAACAACAGCAGCAACAGGUGCAACAACCACAAAAUCAACAGAUAAGUUCAUCAGGAACUUACACAAUAAAUAAUAAAAUUAGUGGCCUUCCAAUUCAACAACACCAACGUAUUAUAAAUACAACUGGAAAAAAUUCUUUAAAUCAAAAUACUUCUACUACGAAAUAUGUGAUGCAAAAUCAUAUUGUUAUACCAUCUAAUGGUAACGCGGCAAAUCAACAGUCAAAUAACAAUAUUGCAACCAAUAGUACACAACCACAAAAGAAUAACUCAAAUUUAAAUAAUGCUUUAUCAAAUAGUAUAGUUGUUAAUCAACAGAUUAUUAAUACAAUUAAUAAUAGUCACAAUAAUCAUAACAAUAGCAACAAUCUACAACACCAACAGCAGUUACAACCUCAAAGUGGAACAAUAAAGUUCGUAAAUGCUCAUGGUACUGUUUUGCAAACACACCAACAGUCAACAACAACAACAGUUGUUGCAGCAAAUAACCCGCAGCAACAAACUAGACUUCGUGCUUACAAUCAACAUCAGCCGCAACAAAAUAAUCAACAACAAUUUUUGGAAAGUAAUAAUAACAAUAGUAACAAUAAUAACAAUAAUAAUACUAAUAUUAGUGGUAAGUCGAAUCCUGUUAAUGAUAAUCAUGUUUUAUAUCAAAUACAACAACCAACAACGACUUUUUUGAUGAAUCAACCAUCUACAAAUUCUACAGUAGUUUUACAAGGUCACCAACAACAACAGAGAUCUCAAAUGAAUAAUACAAUGAGCGAUAACAUUGUGAUUGUAAACGGAACAAAAAUGACAGAUGAAGAGUCGGCGAGAAUUUUACAAAGUAUGGCACUAAAAUCUUAUGGAAAUCAAAGAUUUCAACAACAACAGCAACAGCAGCAAACUAAAAUUAUCCAAAAUUCUCAAAUUAUCCAACAACAGCAUCAAAUAAAUAGUCAGAGCAACCAGCCACCUCAGGGCUAUGUUAUAUCACGUGAAUAUCAAUUUACUUCGAAUCAACAACAGCAAUCUUCAAACCAACAACAACAGCAACAACAGCAACAGUCUCAACAGCAUCAACCGCAAUCACAACAAUAUCAAGGAUAUGCAAUACAAACCACAACAGCAAGGCAAUCAUAUAAUCAAUCAAGUGGUGCUAGCAACAGAUCACAAACAAUAUCUGAAAGAAAGCGUGAACGUGAAUCUAAAGCUGCAGCGGCCGCUGCUGUAGCAGCUGCCAAUGCUGCAGCUGUUGCUGCAACCGUUAGUGUAUCACAAGCAACGACACAAUCAACGAGCACAACAAAUACGUCAGAAUUCUUUAAAGUCAAGGGUGAUAAUACACCGGCAGCACAACAAGCUGAGCACGAUGAUGAUAUAAUUGGUGAAGAAGUUCGUCCAAUACCGAUAUCAACACAUGAUACAGUUUUACAAAGAUUACAUGCUGUUCUUCAAGAUCAUACAUACCAUGUACCAAUGCCUUCACCAUUACCAAGUGAAAUAAUGACAACAAAUGAGAUUAUUUCGCCAUUAGCGACAGUAGUGACUUCAUUAUCUGCAUCCGGCACUUCAACUGUUACAAUAACAACAGCAGCAAUUAAUGCUGCACAAAAUAAUGGAAAUGGCGCAGUUAUUGGUGUAAAUGCAUCACCUAAUAAUGGAAGUCAACAAUCGAUAAUAUCAAACUGUUCUAGUGUACAAAAUUCUAUAAUAUCACAAAUUCAAACGUCUCAGUAUUCUUCUCAGCAACAACAACACCAACAGCAACAACAAGGGCAAAUAAUUAACAAUAAUGACGGAUUAGUGAGCAAUAAUAAUAAUGAUAAAAUUUUUGUUACCAGCGGUGGUAAUCUUAUUGGACAAAAUAUUGGAAUUUUAUCUAACUCGCCAUCAGUAACCAGUAACAAUAAUUCAACUAAUUUAAUCGGUAAUAUCGUCCAACUUAAAAAUAAUAAUAGUGGAAAGAAUUUACCAAAUAGUUUGACAAAUAUUGCUGGACCCUUAAAUUCUUCAAGUUAUUCCUCUCAAAGUGUUGGACAACAAUCACACCAAGCAGAUGAUGAUGCGAAUUCUGUAAUCAGUAACGAAUCAAACCACGGUGGCCAAGGUCGCUUAGAAAUGGAUCUUGGUGAAGAAACCGAAACAGCACCUGAAGCAGAGGCUGAGGACGAUUCAGUAACAAGAUGUAUAUGUGACUUAACCCAUGAUGAUGGUUAUAUGAUUUGUUGUGAUAAAUGCUUUACUUGGCAACAUGUAGAUUGUAUGGGAAUAGAUCGGACAAACAUACCAGAAGAAUAUUUAUGCGAAAUAUGCCAACCAAGACAAGUUGAUAAAGCUCGAGCAAGAAGUUUGCAACUAGUUAAGCGAAAAGAACAACAAGCGGCAUUGCUUUCAAAUAUGCAGUUUAAUGCUACAAAUGGAGCCAAUAAUUUAAACGUAGUAAGUAAUUCCUUACAAGAUGGACAAAACGUACCACAAGCUGUGCCGCCGGAACAUGUGAAAUCCGGUAAAAAAGGGAAGCCCAAAAAAUCUGAGUUGCUGAAGAAAACAAAUGCCAAAAAGGAAAGAGUACAAAAACGUAAAGAAACAAAACGUGUAAAUAAACGUAAAUCAAAAGCGCAUGAUUUUAAAACAAUUGAUAAAAAUGCUGAUAACUUACGACAAUGGAUAGAAAAUUACGAAGUAGCAGUGACAAAUCAUUAUUCGCCAGAAUUAAGAGCUCGUUUGCAAGCAAUAGCUAAACAGCCAAGCUUUUUACAAGCUAUUAAUGCCCAUGAAAAUAAAUGGUUGCGCAACUAUUAUGGAAAGUUUGACAUGGAUUCAAAAGGCACUGUGAUUCCUCAUGCUGGUGGUAAAAUUUUAAUAAGUAACAUGGACAUACUACCAAACAGUCCAAUUAUUGAGCUUCGUGGUAAAUAUAUGUUAACAACCCAAUUUAAAACUCAAAAUCCGGCUUUAAAUAUGAAUUCCCCACCACCAUUAUUGAUAACAGCUUCGAAGAAUAAUCGAACACCUGGUCCUUUUAUAUUUUUUUAUCAACUACCAGUGGAUAGUGCGAGUUUAGUAGCAGUUUCAGGUGCAAAUUCUAGUAGAGGAAUAGCUGCGUUGGCUGCUGCAGCCGCUGUUACAUCCGCAAAUGGUUUGGCGACUGAAAUUUGUGUGGAUACAAGAACAUAUGGAAAUGAAGCUCGUUUUGUGCGACGCAGCUGUAGACCCAAUGCUGAACUGCAAUAUUCCUUCGAAAAAGGGGCAAUACACUUGUUUAUCGUAUCUCUUUCAAAUAUAAUGUCCAGUACGGAGAUAACAAUUCGACAUGAACCGCAUGAUUUGUUGGCUCUGGAGAACAAAAAUUCAAGUCAAAAUUUAUAUAUUGCACCAACAAGUACAAUUUGUGCAUGUGGAUUGACAAAGGAUUGCGCUUUUGGUCAACUUCCACAAUUACCUACUUUGUUAUCUGAGCCAAGUCCAACAUCAGCCAAGAAAAAAUCAAAAAAGAAUUUGCUAAAUGGAACACUUUCAUCAAAAACAAGAGCUGGUGUAAAAAAAGGUAAAAAAAUACAUAAUGUGAGUGCAUCUAGGGCUAGAUCAAUUUCAUCAAGUGGUGAAAGUCAAAACGAAAUAUUAAGUCCUAACUCAUCAUCAAACAAUAUCAAUACUACUGUGAUAACAACAAAUCCAAAUAACUCUGAAGGCUUAACAAUGAUUGCUAAUAACAACAUCAAUAAAUCGACUGAGGAAUCUUUAAGGUACAUACAAGAAUCUUUAGUGUAUUCAGCUCCAGUAAAUACUUCACCCGCUCAAAUAUUAUCUUCUGGUGCAACUGCAAUUUCGCAAUCGCAAAUUAUACAGCAAACUAUAAUGUCACCAAAUACAUCACUACAAACACCUGUGAGUCCUCAACAACUUCCACCUCAAUUACAAGGGAUUCCAACAAUUAUUCAACCAAUUUUACAGCAAAAAACUCAACAACACAUGUCGCCACUUUCAUUAGCUUCCCCUCAACAAACUCAGCAGAUGAUUAUAUCUCAAAUUCAACAGCAGGAUAAAAACAUUCAACCAGUUUCUAUAGCUGCAUCUCAACAGGUACAACAUGUAGUUCAAAUUUUACCUUCACCCGGUUUAAGCUCUCCAAAUUGUGUAUCGCAGCAACCAUCAGUUGUACAACUUAUAACCCAUCCUCAAAUUGAAGUACCCGAUACGCGACAGUCUAUUGAGUCGAAUACAAAUCAAUUUGUAAAAAAUGAUGAUGGGAGUGUCAUAAAUAUAGGUAAAGAUCGUCAAGAUAUACCAGCACAAACAGUUUCAGAUGAUAAAAUAAAACAAAUACAAGCUGACCCACCGCAAAUGAUAGAGUUAAAGUUUCAAUAUUCGCAGAAAUCCCAAAAUAAUAAAGUUUUAACACCGGAAAACGAAAACCAAUCAAAAAAUUUAGAGUCUGAAAAUAGAACUAUUCAAACGCAAAACAGUGUUACGACUGCAGAUAAAAUUAAUAAUUCUACAAUAUCUUUACCGCAAAAUACUAUUCUAAACAAAAUAGUUAUGAAUAAAGAUCAAUCAAACAAGAAAAUAAAUAAGAACAUAAUGGAAAAUACAAACUGUAAUUCAGAAAACUCGAAUAAUAUCAUUGAUAAAAAUAUGAAUAACAUUGAAACUCAGGAUAACACAAAUGAUAUUCUUUCUGAUAAACGAAAUGCGGUUAAUAAAUCUAACACUAAUUUCCAAAGCAAUAUCCAUGGCAACACAAGUCCAAUUCUCAAUAACAACACUUCAUGCAUCAAUAAUAAUAAUAUUGCUACGGAUCAAGUGGACUCUCCUUCAACGAAUAACAAACUUUGUAAUACAUCGGAUACUUCAACACCAACGAAAGUUUCCCCACAAAAAGGUCACGUUAGAAAAUUUUCAAAGUCACGAACAACUUCAGCUUCUGAGGAUAAUGUCACACCAAAUAUAUCUGUCGAUCAAACUAAUUCUUCAUCAUCCACAGAACCUAAUAAACGGGAAAGCCGAAAAUUGACUAGAGAGGAGCGAAAAAUGGAAGCUAUUGUGAGAGCUAUUGAAAAAAUGGAAAAGAACCAACAACGUAAAAAUGAACUAAAAAAUGCAAAGACUAUUAAACGUCGUAACAGUAGUUCGCCACAAUCUCCAAAACGCGCAAAAACCUGCUCACAAAGUGAAGACGGUGGCGAAGAUGAUAAGAAUGCAUCAACACCAAUUGCAAAAACUGUAAAUAAAAAACCUUCAAUACGCAAGAAGAAACGUAAAGGAAAUCGGUCAUAUGCUAUGCACGCAGCCACUCAGAGGAAACGAAGAAGAAGUCGUUUAAAUAGUAAUGAAUCUGAUGGGAAUACUUCAGACGACUCUCCCUCAGUUAAAUCUCCUUCGAUAACGUCUAGACAGACACUAUCAAAUAUGAAUAACUGUAAUGAACAAAAUUCUGAAGUAUUUUCAGCGCCACAUCCACAAUAUCAGCAGCACAAUAUGCUACAAAAUGAUCAACAAAAUCAAAUGACUUUGAUGACUGAUUUAAUACAGAGUCAAUCUCAAAUGCAGCAAAAUAAAUUGCAAACAUUAGAAACUAAUUCUUCAAACCAAGACGCUGGAUUAUUAUUGGCAUUUGCCAAUAUUGAAAAAACUAGUGAAGAACCAGGUUUGAAAUCUUCUCCUAAAAGACAAUCAAGAAACAGCACGGAUUUGAAAUCUCCGCAAACACCUACUCCAGCAAUAAGUUCCGCCUGUUUAUUAAUAGAAUCUGCUCUUGGACCUUUAGAAGGCCUACAUAACGACGAAAGUAGCGACAGCUUUAAGAUUCCAUCCAAAACAGCAAAAACAAAAAAAUCAUUAAUGAGUGAAUGGUUAAACCAGUCUAGUGACGAUCAAGAAAUACAAUUAUCAGAAAAUAAAUCACAUAGUGAAGCUAAUUGCAUUAUUCGAAACUCGCAUGUGGGAGGAAAUACUUCAGUUAUUCACUUCCCUCAAAAUUCACCUAAAGGAUUUGAAACUUUGGUACAAGCUGCAAUGGUUGAUUACAAGCCUCCAAUAGCAGUUAAUAGUUUGUCUUUUAUACCACCUCCAUCAAACCUUUUACAACAGCAACAAAUGCAAAUUGUGAAUCAACCAAUAUUAGCAUCUAACGGUGAAAUGAAAUGUGAAGAUAUUCCGGAAAAUUUAUGUCUUGCAGCGAAAAAGGUUGAAGAGUUUAUCAUACAAAAUGAUUACUCAUCCUCUCAAGGAAUAGAGUAUUUACCAAAUUCAUCGAAUAUUCAGUUAAUUAGAGACACAGAUUCUCCUUCAAGUAUUGCAAGUUUUCCACCUGAAAACCAACCAUUAUUAAAUACUUGUAGCAAUAGCGCUGCUAAGAAAAGAUGGCUACGACAAGCUAUUUCAGAGGAAACGGAUGAGCACCAAAAUUUACUAACAUCUGGAUCUAAUUCACCAACAUCUCAACAAGUUCCAAAUGGUUUUACAACUCCUUUAAAAAAGAGGCGUCUUGUUGUCGUAAAAAAUGAACAAAGCACAACAUAUACGGAGGAAAUGGUUUGUGGGAAUGGUACAAGUGAAGAUAUUAAUUUGUCUAAAACUGGAAGUGAUUCUAGUCUUAGCAAUGAUGAGUAUAAAACAAUUAAAGCAGAGGCAUCCGAACACGGGGAGUUUAAAGAAGAACUGCAAAGCGAAAUUAAAGGGAACGAAGACACAGAAGAAGAAAUAAAAAAUGAGCUGAAAGCAAUUGAUUCUAAUUCAGUUGAUAACGAUGUUGAUAUUGUGGGCUUUUCAUCGCCAAGCAGAAAAUUGAACAUUGAAGAGAACUACAAUUUAAUAAAAAUUGAGCCAGAAGAUACAAAUAAAGACAUAAAAAUUGAUAUAGAAAAAGAAGAAACUUUGCCAUCGCCAACAGCAAAUAAUGAUAGCAAAAUUGAAUUAAAGCUCGAACCCAAAUCCGAAAACAAUAUUUCUGUAGAUGUAACUGAUAAUGAAAAUAAAUGUGAUAUAAAAACAAAAAUUCAAGAGGAAGAAAGUAGUUUUAAAAAAGAACACUCAUUUGAGAAUUUGCUACAAAAUAAAUUAUUAAAAAAUCCGAAAGAAGAAACUCAAAUCAAUGAUUCUCCAAAGUUUAACUUAAAUAGAAAGCAAACGAAAAACUCUUCAAGAGUAAAUUGUAAACCCAGUAAAAAACCAAAUACUCCAGUGACAAAUGAAAAUAAAGAUAUUCCAUCGCCUGAACUAGAAAAAAAUUCAAAUUUAACUAUAAUUUCAGGUAACAAUAAUGCAAAAAAUGUAAAUGAACCUUUGCAAUUAGACGAGUUAGCUGAUAUACAAAAAACUUUGCAUUCUUUUCAUACUGAAAACAUAAUGUUACUACAAUCGCGUAACAAAAAAACUAAGAAAAUUGAUUUAGAGGGUUCGACAAAGGAAAAACACAAUUUUAAAAAGGAAAAGAUCUCAACGAAAUCGGAUCUAAAAUCAUCGAAAAGAGAAAAAUCAUCGAAAAAAGAUAAAAAUAAUAAAAAACGUGAUAAGGAAGAUACUUAUAACAAACCUAACAAACAUGAUGCAAGCUCAAAUAAAGAAAAGUUAGAGUAUGAUAAUUCAAAUAAUAUUGAACACAAAAUUCCAUCAAAUGAAGAUAUUUCAGGAUCAAAAUUCAUUGGAAGUGAAGAAAAUUUAAAUAAAACUUCAUCUAUACCUACUUCGAAAUAUGUUACAACAAUACAAGAUCAAACUGUUCUUACACCAAGUGUGCAGAAUCCUUUAAAAGUAAAUUCAAAUGUUUUGCAACAUUUAUCAAAACCGGAAAUGAUGCAAACUAGUUAUUUAAAUAUUCAAAAUGUCCCAUCUUGUGUGGUGUCAAAUAGUACUGAAUAUGGAACGCAGUCAGCACUAUCUCAGUACAGUUUUAGUUCAAGCACUCCACAACAGCAAAUAAAUCCUUUAGGAUCAAACUUAACUCAGACUAAUUCUAGUACUCAAAUAAAUUCACAAUCUGGUCUUAAUAUUCCAUAUUAUAAUACGAUAUAUGGAAAAUUAUUAGAUCCGGCGAAAACAACAAUGGCACCAGUUUCGACAGUUUUAGUACCUGUUGGGAAUCAAUAUCAAAAUUCACCUACUGUAUCACAGUCAACAAAUAUGUUGCUCUCAGACUAUAAAAGUUAUAGUACAUUAGGAGCUUAUGUAACAUCAUCUACGUCAUUUUUAGGUACUUCAAGUAUUGUUACAUCCGUUGCACUUAACAUGGGUAGUGUAAUUACAUCAAAUAAUAACAAUAAUACGGGAAAAAGUGCUAAUACUAAUUCAUCAUUGUUGGAUAUUGGGGUUUCAAAAAUAAUCACUAAAACAGCUAGCCAUGAUCCACGUUUAAAUCCACAAUUGACUAUUCCAGAACCAACACCUGUUCCAAAGAGAAAACUUUCAAUAAAUGAAUACCGAAAACGUAAACAACAAUCUACAGAAACGACAACAAAUAGUAUCGAUAACAGUGACUCAAAUUCUUCUAAUAUGGGCGGGAAAAAAACUGAAAGUUUUGAUGAUCAAGUUUCCGAUCCAACUAAAGUUCAAUUUAGUCCUGCUCCAACAUUACUUGAAAAACAACAAGAGAUUUUAUGUGAACGUUUGAAAACUUUGAAACAACAGAAAAAUUUAGCCGGUAAUGUGACUCCAGCAACACUUUCAACAUCAACUUCAAUUAAUAAUAAUAACAAUAUUGUUGUUAUUGGAGGAGAUGGUGGAGGAAAUGAUGCUUUUACAAAUACUUUAGUUACUACUGCUACGUCCACUACUACUGAUUCUGAUUUAAUUACAAAUUCUGUUAUUAAUCCUAUCGAUGGUAACGCAAGAACAAUAUCGACAAUGUCAUCAACUGAUACGUCGUCAUUAGUUACUAAUAAAAAUUUAAUUAACAAUAAUAAAGAAAUAAAUAAAAAAACAAAAUUAGAUCAUUGUACAUCGAUAAGAUCAUCAUUUUCUAGUUUUAAUGACAGCACAAAUGAUUCAUUAUCACCGAGUUCUUCUCCUCCAUCAUCAGUAACAUCAACGCCAUCAUCACCAUCGUCUAUUACAGGAGCAAACCAGGAUGAUAAUAAUAUUAGUGGUGAUUUAAAAGAUUCAUUAAAUGUGACAGUUGAUAAAUUAGAACAGAAAAAAUCAAAACUUUUACAUCGAAAUCGUAAACUGUCAAUACAAGAUUGUGAAGAUGAUAAUAAAAAUAAUAAUAAUAAUAUUUUAAGUACAAACAAACAAAUACUAGAAAAUGAAAUUGUUGACAGUGCAAAAAGUAAUAAUGAUCACAAAAGUAAAGAUUUUAUCAAUAAAAAUAAAAUGACUUCUUCAAAUUAAUCUGGGAAUAUCCGUACUUUACAAGUUAUUAAAUAAAAUUAGAAUAAAAAUUUCAAAAGAAAUGACUAAUUAUAUUUUGAAUAAAUAACAAAUGAAAUUUCAAUUUUAGGAUUAUAUAAAUUUAUGGACUAGAAGAAAGGAAACAUUAAUAUAUUUUAACGGAAAUUUAUAAUAGUGUUUUCUUAAUAAAAACUAUAAUGUCAUAAUUUUGAAAAGUAAUAAUCUCUAUUUUUUAUAUAAUAUGAUUAGCUUAUUAAACGGAAAGAAAGAAUUAAAAAAAGAAACUAUAAAUAAUACCAUUGUAAAUACAUUAAUAUUUAAAGUUUUCUCUAUUUUUCUUUAAAUACAUUUUUUUUCACAAUAUGUUUAACUAAAAUAUGAUAAACUCUAAUUGUAUGUUAUAUAAUUUUUUUUAUAUUUAAGAAUAGCGCGCGAUUUAAAUAAUUUGAAAUAAAUUUGUACAGUAAUUCGUCAAAAAAUUUGAAAAGUUUAAGCACAAAUAAUAAUGAUUGCUAUUUAUUUCAAUAUUUUUAAUCGUAAAAGUAAAAAUAAUUUAAAUUUUUAAAUGAAAAAUGGUACUCCAAGAUAUCAUCAAGCAACACUUGUUUUUUUUUUUAAUAAACAUACUGUAUUUUGUUUUACAUUAAUUAGACUAGUAUUAAAUUUUCAUGCUUUAAUACAAAAUUUACAAGUCAAGUUUAAUUUUAAAAGUUAAUUCAUUUCUUUUUUUUUAAAUCUGAAUUGCUUUUACUUUAAUUUCGAUGUAUAAUAAAU